ACGGACUGGGUGUUCGUCGGCGCUGCUAUGCGAUAUGCAGUAAAAGAACUACUUGUUGUGCAUAGGAACGCGCGACGAGCACUGUGAAAGUACCCAUUAGGUCGGAGUCCACUGGAGAACACUGUCUGGGAAUGUUUCACUUAGACAGCGAUACAUGUUCCGCUGACGCGUCGUUCUCCAAUAAGACCGGACAACCCUCAUUACACCCCCCCCCAGAUUCUGUCAGCACAACCCACGCAGUCAGUCGCUUUGACUCGGCACAAUGACCGGCAUCCCUUCCAUCACCCUCAACAGCGGCCACUCCAUCCCUACCUUGGGCUACGGCACAGGAACGGCGUGGUUCAAAAAGGGGGACGAGAACGUUGUUGAUAGGGAGUGUGUGGAGGCGAUUAAGACGGCGAUCAGGUUGGGGUAUACCCAUUUGGAUGGGGCUGAAGUGUACAAGACCGAGACCGAACUCGGCCUCGCAAUCAAAGAAAGCGGCGUGGACCGCUCCAAGCUCUUCAUCACGACAAAAGUCAACAAUAACAUUAAGGACAUCCCGGGCGCCAUCCGGGCCAGUUUGAAGAAACUGCAGCUUGAUUAUGUCGAUCUAUACCUAAUCCACUCCCCCUUCUUCGCAACGUCCGACACCGACCACCAAACCGCGUGGCGCGAAAUGGAAGCCGUCCACAAAGCCGGCCUCGCCAAAUCCAUCGGGGUGUCAAACUACCUCCCCGCGCACCUCUCUGCCAUCCUCCAAACCUGCACCAUCACCCCCGCCAACAACCAAAUCGAGUUCCACCCGUACCUGCAGCACCCGGGACUCUUGGAGUUUCACAAGGAGCAUGGAAUCGCGACGAGUGCGUAUGGCCCGUUGACCGCGGUGACGAAGGGUGCGCCGGGGCCCGUGGAUGGGGUUCUGGAGGGGUUGGCGGCGAAGUACGGGGUUAGUGGGGCGGAGGUGUGUCUGAGGUGGUGUGUUGACCAGGGUGUGGUUGCUAUUACCACCAGUGGGAAGGAACAACGGUUGAAGGAUUAUCUCCGCAUCUCGAGCUUCAAGCUGACGCCCGAGGAGAUCAAGCAGAUCAGUGACGAGGGCGCCAAGAAGCAUUACCGAGGGUUUUGGACUAACAAGUUUGACAAGGAUGAUCGGUCUUGAGCGAUUGGCCCGACGCUCAUGGGAUGUGUGUGGGGGCGGCUUUUUGUGCUGGGAGGUUCGGCGUAGCGUUCACAUGGUUGGUAGGUUGUAGUUGGUAGUAGGACUCGCCCGUUGCAUAUCUCCAAUGGAGUAGAGAUGGCUAGUCAUACAUACAUAUGGGCUGUGUGUGGUCUGCGGUGAAGAACCCCUCCCUGGUGGUCGUGGUGGUCGUCUUGGGAGAGUAACGCGUGGAGGAUACGCGUGUUCUCCGUCGCCCUUGCCCCUCUAAGCAAGAGAGACCGC